AUGGAAGACAAAUUUGCUGCCUUCCAUUCUUGGGUAAACUGCCUGAACAAGCCCCUCACCAAACCCGGGACUUCUCUGCUCCACAUCUCUGAUGCCAUCUCUAUUGGCGACCGUGGCCUGGUUGCUGCUAGGGAAAUUAAACCAAACCAGUGCAUCCUAUCAAUUACACUUUACGAUCCUCGACUACUUCUUACUCCCAACAGAGCUAUCAGUCUUCUGGCUCUCUGCGACUGCGGCGCAGUUGAUCCCAGUCCCCAAACCACCCGUGUGGAACCUCUGGAUGCCCUUGUCCUCUUUUUCCUUCAUCUGCGAGCACAGGCUUCCCGUGUCCACACUACAUUUGAACGCCUCUUUGGCAGAAGCGGUGGAUCACUGACCCAGCAUCAGUCCACCCGCAUGCUAGAGAACUUUGCGUGGGCCUGGUCGCUGGUGAAUUCACGUUGUGUCUACUGCAAGCUUGGUCAUGGCGUGGAUGUCUGCACGAUGGGCUUCCCUCUUCUUGGCCACCAAGCCUUUAAGCAGAAGAAGUACUGCCUGUUAAGUUCUAAGAAGGCUUCAGACUUGGCCAUUGUGCCCUUCUUUGACUUCUUUAACCAUUCCCCCACUGUUUCCGUAAAACUGGAUUUGGACGAAAACUGUGUACGAUUGUCAUCUUCUGGCGGUACUCUACCGGGUGAUCAGUAUGGAUUUUGCAUACCCGAUGGUCUUAAUCCCUCAGACGCCUACUUUCCAACGUAUAGCGAUUUGCUUCUCGUCUUUCCCAAGAUGGCUGAUAAGCUUGACCAUGUUCUGACUGAGUUGCACAUUGACGUUGAUGCCAGUGAGCACUUACCAGAGUCUGUUAACCGCUACUGGAAAUCUGUGUACAUUACCAGCUCUGGUCCAUCCUACUUUCUCCUCCUCGUCCUUUACGCGCUUUCCUUUCAAACUGCUGAGCUACCGUCAGCCAACCAGCUCUUUUCAAUGGAUGAAGACGAGUGCCUUGCGCUCACAAGGCCGAUUUUUCUAGCCCUUCGAAGGGCUGUUCUCACCCAGACAAAACUGGUCUUGCAAAAACUAGACAGCAUCUCGACUGAAGACGCUGGCAGCAGUUUUGUCGGUCAAGUAGUCACUCUUCUUCGCUCGAGGUGUCUCUUAUUCUCGUCACUAAUAGACGAAUCAGUACAGAAGAACAAGAGGUGA